AUGGCAAGACUCGACGCAUUCCAUGGGAUGAUAGUCUCAAAGUACUUCACUCGUCUUGUGGACUACUUUGUAUUUUCCACCGUCUCCACCAAGUUCAAAGACAACACAUCAAAAUUCCACUUCAACCCAAUUCCACUCAGACUUGCUGACAUAAAACAUUUUGAACGAAUAGAAACACUCCACAUCUGGUCAUGCAACGCAGAGACUUUUGGUCAGAAUGUUGCUGGGUGUAAAAUAUCAAACACUACCACAAAACACAAUUUCUUUCAAAUAAUUGUUUGGUUCAAAGUGUCGUUAAGCACUUUUCUCACAAACAACACCAAAAAUGUUGUCUAUAAAAACGUUGGUCUUUUUAAAGACGAUUCUGUGCAUUUUGAUGAUAAAAUAACAAACACGUUGUGUUCUUUUGAAAACUUUUGCUUCAUGAAAAACACAACACUCCAAAAUAUCGUCAUUUCAAACAACGUGACUUCGUUGUGUAAUUCCGUCUUUGAGGGGUGUAAGCGUCUGAGUGCCGUUUCAUUGUCACACAAUUUAGUCACAAUUGGGUACAGCUGCUUCAAUGGCUGUGAGUGUCUUGUCAACAUCAAAAUACCACACAGGGUCUCUUCUAUCAGCAACUGCUUUGAUGGGUGUCGUGCACUCACAAUUGACAUUCCAGCUGACGUGACAAAAUUUGGAGACAAAGUGGUUUGUGGGAUGACAAAAAUGUUUGGGUUUGUGUUGGGUAAUGCAAGAUACAAGGCGUUCCAAGUGACUGACUAUUCGUGUUAUUGCACUCCCAAUAUUGAUCUUACAACAAUUAAAAAUCCACAUUUCAUGAAAACGAUAAAAGAAAGACAAAGUGGUGUGGAAUGUCCACUUAUUGACAUCCCAACAUGUGUGACUUUCAUUGCAAAAACCGCAUUUGGAGGAAAUCGCGACUUUUCUUGUAUUAACAUUCCACACUCAGUCACACAACUCGACUCGUUCUGUUUCAGUGGAUGUAAACGCUUGAGAGAAGUUACACUUCCAACAAGUGUCAGUCGCAUUGCACCAAGUACUUUUGAAAAUUGCAUUUCCCUCACAAAAAUUGCCAUUCCAAGCACAAUUUCGAUUGUUGAAAGUGUUGCGUUUAGGCACUGCGAGGCACUCAAAAGUAUCAUUUUCUGUGGAAAUAUAUCGACAAUCGGCAUUUCCGUAUUUUGUGCGUGUACUUCACUGUCAGAAGUGAAUGUGUUGGAUUGGGUGAAUGAGAUACCCGACUGGUGUUUCUAUGAGUGUUCAUCGCUUGACAGUGUUGUUAUUCCUGACUGUAUCAAUCGAAUUGGCAACAACAGCUUCAACGGGUGUGCGUCCCUUUCAAGUGUGCAAAUACCAAGAAGUGUCACAUUUAUUGGUGUGAGUGCUUUUGGGAAGUGUUACAAUUUGCUUGAAGUUGUGAUACCAAAGUCUAUCAAAGUUGUUGGACAACACGCCUUCCCAAAUAAAACAAAAGUGAAAAAGAAGUAA